AUGGCGAUCCUAUCAUUGCUCUUCCAAGGUGAAGUCUGGCGAGAGGCUCUACCCUGGGUGGCUUCUGCAAUUGUGGCUUGUUUUACGAUUGUCUUGGCUCGUGGAGAGCGUCCUCAUUAUGGGUUCCCAUUGAUAGGGAUGGAGUAUAGCCGAUUCGGACGCAUGGACUACGAAAAGGCGCUUGCCCGGUUCUUGGGAGGGUUGACAAAGAUAUAUCAAACAGGAUUGAGAGAAGUGCAAGGGAAAGGGUUUCAAAUUUUGACGAACACAGGAUUCAAAAUCAUUCUCCCUCCUUCCUACAUCGAUGAGCUUCGCAAUCAACCGAACCUAAGUUUGACGGGCUUCCUAGAAAAUGAUUUCUUUGCAAGCAUCCCGGGAUUCGGCGCGUUUGGGGCAGCUGCCGGUGGAGAAGUCAUUCAAGAGACAGUAAGGGUUAAGUUGACCGGAUCUCUGGCCCACGUUACCAAUGAUCUAUCAGAUGAAAUGUCAUAUUUUACAAAUGAGUAUAUGCAGCCGGGGACUGAUUGGGAGAAUAUCAGCUUUUAUGAUAUCUCGAUGCGCGCAGUAGCCCAGUUAUCUGCCCGUGCAUUUCUGGGGAAGAUGUUAUGCAGAGACAAGCAAUGGCUAGAUCUGUCGGUUAUGUUUACUAUCCAUGCUUCUCAAGCUGCUCGUGCCCUCCGAUCGUGGCCACGGUUUACGCGCCGAUUCAUCCACUGGUUCCUUCCCGAGACUCGAACACUCCGAAAUGAUGUCGCUGCUGCCCGCCGAAAGAUUCAACCCGAGCUUAGCCAAAGAAACAAGGACCGAGUGAGAUACUCUGCCGACGGAAAGGAAGCUCCCAAACUCAUGGACACUCUUCAAUGGAUGGAGGAUGCAGCCAAGGGACGUUCAUUUGACUUUGUUCACGGCCAGCUCGGUUUGACAUUUGCGGCAGUACAUACCACCUCUCAUCUGUUGCAAAAUACGCUAUAUGAUCUUUGUACUCAUCCGGAGUAUAUCGAUCUUCUGCGAAAGGAGAUUAUUGAUGUAUUUGGCAGCGAAGACGAAGAGUGGAAGAAGACUUCCCUCUAUUCGCUCAAAAUGAUGGACAGUGUACUAAAAGAGUCGCAGCGGGUCAACAUGGUAACACUUUCCGCUAUCAGUCGCCGGGUCGAAGAAACGACCACGCUUUCCGAUGGAACUGUCCUCCCCAAGAAUGCAAUGAUCACCGUUCCCACAAGAGAACGUAUGCUGGACGAAGGCAUUUGGCCCGGAGGUGAUAAAUGGAUUGGACGUCGUUUCUAUGACCUCCGCGCACAGCCUGGCCAAGAAAGUAAGUGGCAAUUCGUGAGUACUAGCUCUGAUCAUUAUGGCUUUGGUCAUGGUAAGCAUGCCUGCCCUGGCCGGUUCUUUGCCUCGAACGAAGCGAAAGUGAUACUGGUCCAUGUACUCAUGAAAUACGACUGGAAAUUCCUUCCUGGUCAAGAGCGGCCCAAGAGCUCCACCAGGGGGUCCGAAAACUUGGUUGAUCCGAAAGCGAUCUUGAUGUAUAAGAGUAGGAAAAGUGAGAUUCAAUUCCCAGGUGAAAAGAUAUCACCUUCUGUGGGCUGA